UUCAUCUUAUAUAUAUUUACUGGUUGAAUAAGCAACGUUUUUCCUACUUCAAAGACUCCGAAAAACACCCCUUUAAUUCACGUUAAGCAACGCUACAUUGUUAAUUUCAACGUUGAUCGAAAUAAACUCUCCGAUAAGAAUGGGUUCGCUUCCGGCCACGGAUGAGACCAGCUGGACAUACCCGUUUGCUCGCCGUGAUGAAUCUGUUGUUGAUAACUACCAUAGCGUGGACGUUCCUGAUCCUUAUAGAUGGCUUGAGGAUCCAGACUCAGAGGAGACAAAAGAGUUUGUCGAGAAACAAAUGAUUUUGACUGACUCGAUGCUCAAGACUUGUGAGACAAGAGAAAAGCUAAGGAUAAAACUCACAAAAUUAUUCGAUUUUCCCAAGUAUGAUGUUCCAUUUAGGGCUGGUGAUAAGUACUUCUACUUCCAUAACACGGGUCUUCAACCUCAAAAAGUCCUUUACGUUCAGGAUAAUUUGGAUGGAAAACCAGAGGUUUUGCUUGAUCCAAACACACUUAGUGAAGAUGGAACAGUGGCUUUGAGUUUAUGUGCAAUUAGUGAGGAUGCUAAAUAUUUGGCAUAUGGUAUCAGUUCAAGUGGAAGUGAUUGGGUGACUAUCAAAGUUGUGAGGGUGGAAGAUAAACGCGACGAGCCUGAUACAAUUUUGUGGGUUAAGUUCUCAAAUGUUAGCUGGACCCGUGAUAGUAAAGGAUUUUUCUACAGCCGUUAUCCAGCUCCCAAAAGCGGCGAAAAUUUGGACGUUGGAAGAGAGACAAAUGCAAAUUUUCACCAGCAAGUUUAUUAUCAUAGUUUGGGUACUGAUCAAUCUGAUGAUAUAUUAUGUUGGAAAGAUCCAGAAAAUCCAAUGCAUAGACAUAUAGUUUCAGUGACUGAAGAUGGAAAGUAUGUUCUCUUAUACAUUUUCAGGAACUGUGAUACUGUCAACAAAUUAUACUACUGUGAUUUAUCUUCACUGCCUAAUGGCAUUGAAGGUUACAAAGGUAGACGCGAUGACGUGCUUCCCUUUAACAAGCUUGUCGAUAAAUUUGAUGCCUCGUACGAUUAUGUUGCACAUAACGGCACUAUUUUCACUUUUCAAACUAACAAGGAUGCUCCAAAGUACAAAUUAAUCAGAGUAGACAUCGAAAAUCCUGAUUUUUGGUUUGACAUAAUUGAAGAGGACGAAAAGGAUGUGCUACAAUCAGCUGUUGCUGUUAACGACAAUCAACUUGUUGUGAGUUAUUUGAGAGAUGUGAAGAAUGUUCUGCAGUUGAGAGAUUUAGAAACAGGGGCGUUGCUGCAUCAUUUACCUAUUGAUAUUGGCAGAGUAUCGGGAAUUUCAGCUCGUCGAAAAGAUGAUUCUGUUUUUAUUGGAUUUAUGAACUUCCUGAUCCCUGAAUUGAUAUAUGAGUGUAAUCUUAAAGGUGAAGUUCCCGAUCUUAAAGUUUUUCGAGAAAUCGUCGUGCCUGGAUUUGAUCGGACAGAGUUCCAAGUUAAUCAGGUAUUCGUGCCAAGUAAAGAUGGUGUGAAGAUACCUAUGUUCAUAGUGUCUAGAAAGGGUAUUUCUCUGGAUGGAUGCAACCCUUGUUUAUUAUUCGGAUACGGAGGAUUCAAUGUUAGUAUUACACCACAUUUUUCUGCUGCUCGCGUUGUGCUCGCGAAGCAUUUAGGUGUAGUAUUUUGUAUAGCAAAUAUUCGUGGUGGCGGAGAAUAUGGAGAAGAGUGGUACAAAGCUGGUGCUCUUAACAAAAAGCAAAAUUGUUUUGAUGACUUUAUUUCUGCUGCUGAGUAUCUUGUAACUGCUGGUUAUACACAGCCACAUAAGUUGUGUAUUGAAGGUGGAAGCAAUGGUGGCCUUCUUGUUGGAGCCUGUGUCAAUCAGAGACCUGAUCUUUUUGGCUGUGCUCUUGCUCAUGUUGGUGUUAUGGAUAUGCUUAGAUUUCACAAAUUCACUAUAGGCCAUGCAUGGACCUCUGAUUUUGGUUGUUCUGAUAAGGAGGAAGAGUUUCAGUGGCUAAUCAAGUAUUCACCACUGCAUAAUGUGAGGAGGCCAUGGGAACAAUUUGACAAUUUAGCAUUUGUUCAAUACCCUUCCAUCAUGCUAUUGACUGCAGAUCAUGAUGAUAGGGUGGUUCCAUUGCACUCAUUAAAACUAUUGGCUACUAUGCAAUAUGUCCUGUGCACGAGUGAGAAGAAAAGUCCGCAGACCAACCCUAUCAUUGGUAGGAUCGAAUGUAAGGCUGGUCAUGGAUGUGGACGCCCAACACAAAAACUUAUUGAUGAAGCUGCAGACAGAUAUGCAUUCAUGGCUAAAGAGUUGGGUGCUGCUUGGGUUGAGUAAAAUGAUGUUUGUACAGGUAAUAAUAAGGAAAAUAGUGGAACACAAUAAGGUGGGUUGAUUUUGAUGUCCCCAUAGUUGGUGAGGCUCCCACCGUUUUAGCAUCAUUCGGGGUUCCUUUUGCGGAAGGGUGCAAUAACUAUGGCUCAGUUCCAAACAAGUAUGGGUCAACUAUUUGGCAUGAAGAAUGCACGGGAAAGAAUUUUAACUAGAUCAACUUCUCAUAUAGUAUAACCACUGAUGUAGUUUCUUUGUUUUUAUUGUUUUCCAUGCACCUUAUCCUGAGUGAAUAAAGCUGGCAAACACAAUAAAUCUUUUUUAGAGGGUUC